UAAUAAAAAUAUAUUUCACUAUUUCGUUUGUGUCAUAGAUUAUGAUAUAAAACUACCAAGUCACUCAAAACUGCUCGGACCGCUUUAGAUUUGUGAAUGAAUCAUUCUGACGGGAGAUGUGAACCGAAUCAACUGAAUCACUGUAAAAGAUCCGACUCAUAAGAAUGAUUCAUUAAUGAAUCCUCUGGUUUGUUUUUAGCGGGGCGCCAAAAUCGUGCAACUUUGCACGAGACAGUAAUAACGAGUGUCAUAACUGAGUUGGUGCUUUUCAAGAAAAGUUUUUUAAUUCUCUGUUGCAGUUUUUUAAAAGUUUUUUUUGUAAGGAUGAUUGUCAAUUACAGUAGUAGCAGUUCUGAAGAUGAAACUGAAAACACUUCAAAAGAUGAUUCCUCACCUUUAAGGAAAAGAGGAAAACUUGACACUGAAAACAGGUUUGCAUCAGUGAACCUUUGGACCAUGGAUCUGUUAAAAGGAAAGCAGUCAAAUCAGCCCACUCGGCACCUCGACUGCCUCUUCCUGACAGCGUGAAGGAGAUGUUCAGAGAAUCAGAAGAACAGUGGACUGAUAAAAGUGAAGUGCAUGGAGGGCGACUGCGGUCCUUCCAGCAUGAGCGGGGCAACUGGGCUACAUGCGUGUUCUGUCCUUAUAACCCAGAGGAGGCCUUUUUGGAGCUACUCAAUGAAAUGAUGGUGCUUGCGGCCUCUCACGGCAUCCCCCUGACCCUUUCUGAAGAAUUUCACCUCAGUCUCUCAAAGACAGUGGUUCUGCGCCAUCACUGGAUCCAACCAUUUAUUCAGUCCAUUCGGACUGGACUGACACAGUUCAAGAAGUUUUUCUGCUUGGCGGAUAAACUGAAGGUUUAUUCUAAUGCUGAAAAGACUAGGACCUUCCUUGGUAUGGAAAUCUCCACUGGAAAAACUCCGUUGCUUGAGCUCAUCAAAAUAGUGGAUGAAACCAUGACAGAAUUUAACCUUAGCACCUUUUAUAAGGAUCCUUCUUUCCACAUAAGCCUUGCUUGGUGUGUGGGUGAUCAUGUGGAAACACUGAAAAAUACAUGUUUAUCAGAAUUGCAGAGUCUCGUUGACGCUCAUGAAGAUGGGCCAUUUUACAUAAAGCUCAACUGCACGGAGCUUCGCUGCAAAUCAGGAAAUAAAGUCUUUCUUUUCCCCCUCCAGUGAUCUUGAAACUCUGUUUAUAAAAUCUGAGUUUUCAGGUUUGCUAACUUGUAUUCCUGUCAACUUUUGUGUUUUAAUAUAAUAUAAUAAAGAUUUGUACUAAAUACUAA